CAGCGGUGAGGCCUGGGAAAGGGUGAUAUGUAGACUUACCUUGUGCUCUCCAGCUCUUGUGAGGGACAUUUGUGGCUAGUGUUGGGCCGCCAUGGGGAAAGUGAAUGUAGCCAAGUUACGUUACAUGAGCCGGGAUGACUUCAGGGUCCUGACCGCGGUUGAAAUGGGCAUGAAGAACCAUGAAAUAGUUCCCUGCAGUUUGGUUGCUUCUAUAGCCAGCCUUAAACAUGGUGGCUGUAAUAAAGUUUUAAGAGAAUUAGUGAAACAUAAACUCAUAGCUUGGGAGCGUACCAAAACUGUCCAGGGCUAUCGGUUGACAAAUGCAGGCUAUGAUUACCUAGCUUUGAAAACACUUUCUUCUAGACAGGUAGUUGAGUCUGUUGGAAACCAGAUAGGUGUUGGCAAAGAAUCUGAUAUUUACGUCGUUGCAAAUGAAGAAGGGCAGCAAUUUGCAUUAAAGCUUCAUAGGCUGGGAAGAACCUCCUUUCGAAAUCUGAAAAACAAGCGUGAUUAUCAUAAACACAGGCAUAACAUGUCUUGGCUUUAUUUAUCUCGUCUCUCUGCCAUGAAAGAAUUUGCUUAUAUGAAGGCAUUGUAUGAGAGGAAAUUUCCUGUCCCAAAACCAAUUGAUUAUAAUCGCCAUGCAGUGGUCAUGGAACUCGUAAAUGGCUAUCCUCUAUGUCAGAUACACCAUGUUGAAGACCCUGCAUCAGUAUAUGAUGAAGCUAUGGACCUAAUUGUCAAACUUGGAAAUCAUGGACUGAUUCAUGGAGAUUUCAAUGAAUUCAAUCUCAUUUUGGAUAAAGAUGACCACAUCACCAUGAUUGAUUUUCCACAGAUGGUUUCAACUUCUCAUCACAAUGCUGAAUGGUAUUUUGAUAGAGAUGUUAAAUGCAUUAGAGAUUUCUUCAUGAAACGUUUCAGCUAUGAAAGUGAGCUUUACCCAACUUUUAGUGAUAUCAGGAGGGAGGACUCUCUUGAUAUAGAGGUUUCUGCCAGUGGCUACACAAAGGAAAUGCAGGCAGAUGAUGAAUUGCUUCAUCCAUUAGGUCCAGAUGAUAAAAAUAGGGAAACAGAGGACGAAUCUGAAUUCUUACAUUCUGAUGAAGAGUUGUCAGAUAAAGCAGAGGUUCGUAAAUCAAAAAAUCAAAGUGAUCAAAAUUCUACAGAUGAAUCAGCUGACUACUGUUGCAUAUCAUCUGGAGACCUUGAACAAAUAAAGGAAGAUGAUUUGUCAGAGAAGAAUGCUGAUGCACACAAUUUUGAAUUACCUGAAUUCAGUCAAGCUUUAGAAGAAAUAAAAGGGCAAGUUAUUGACAACAGUUCUAUAACUGAGUGUCCUGAGGAGACAGACAAAAUUGAGAAUGACACUAGACAAAAUGGUAAAACAGGUCAAAGAGGAAUUCCCAUGGGCUGUGAAGACUGUGAAGAUGCAUGCCCUCACCUGAUUGCCAUGUCAUCAGUAAACAAAGAAAUCAGGUCUUUCAGAGAUGAAGAAAAUAUGGAAGAUAUUAAACAGUACAGAACAAGAACUCUGAGUGUUACUUCUGUGGGCAGUAUUUUAAGCUGUUCAACAAUUCCUCCGGAAUUGGUGAAACAGAAAGUGAAACGUCAGUUGACAAAACAGCAAAAAUCAGCUGUCAGACGUCGAUUACAGAAAGGAGAAGCAAAUAUAUUUACAAAACAACGGAGAGAAAACAUGCAAAAUAUUAAAUCAAGCUUGGAAGCAGCUAACUUUUGGGGAGAGUAAUAAGUUUAAGAUCUUGAAUGUUUUCCAAAACUUUACUAUGAUCCCCCUGUUAAGCCGCCUUAGUCUUUUCUAGAGGAAGGCAGAUAUGUAAAUAGAAAAAUAAAUUCUUUCAUAUAUAAUUUGA